AUGGACAGGAGGGCCCUCUUCUUCCCGUGCGGCCUCGUCCUAGCAUCCGCCUACCUGACCACCCCAGCCCCCGUCGACUACUCCUUUGCCCUCGACAAGCCGCUGCACACCACCGCCCUCGUCCUGCUUCUCACCGGCCUUGCCCUCGUCGUCGUCGAAGCCUGGUCCUCCCGCCGCCGCCCUCAUCAUCACCAGCACCAGCCCUUGUCAGCCACCACCUAUGUCGCAUUCGCCCUCAACAACGUCCAGACCAGACACCCUGGCGAGGAGAUCUGGACAGAGGCCGGACUCCAUGCCCCCCGCAGACCAUGGGGCCUGAGGGCUGUCGGCGCUCUGCUGGCUGUGCUACUCCUCGCCAUAUGCGGUCGCAUCGCCAUAUUCUACCGCGUCACCACGCACGUCGAGUGCACCGGCCCUUCUCCUUUGGCAUUUCUCCCCCUCGUCGUCGCUCUCUACCACAGCCUGCGCCAUCCCAGUCUGCGCCAGUACCCCGCCUGGAGUGCUGACACCCGCAUGCGCUCACCUCUCGACCGUGUCUUUGGCUUCGUCUUCAACGGCUCCACGCGCUACAUUAUUCCCUCGCUCCUGUUCGCCAUCAGCACCUUCCUUGUCAGCAUCAAGUCGACUACCCUGCGCUCCUCGUACAUCUGCCCCAUUGCAAACGCCGAUGCCACGGCCGUUCCUUCGCUGCAGUUCGUCGGUUUUUUGCUAGACUGCCUCAUCCUUCAGGUCCUCUACCGCCUCGUCGAUGAUGGCGUCUCAGAGCCCGACGAUUGGUCUAUCCUCCUCCAAGACGGCACCUCCAACCAUGUCCUGGUUGGAAUGACUUUUAUUGCCUCCUCCCUCGUUCUUGUUGUUGCCGGCAUUGUCAUCUACCCCACAAUGCCCGAGCAUCGCGAGUGGAUGCUUUCGUUUUCUUCCGACUAUCUCCUUGGUCUUUUGCGUUUAUCGUUGAUGAUACCCUUUACGACGUUAUGUUUUGUAAAAUCUGCUCGAUUGUAUGGCGUUAUGAGCUCGGUGCUCACUGUUGCAUUUUCUUCUGCAUAUAUUGGCGUUCUUCGUGCACUCGGGACCGGCGUGUCCCAUGCGUUCCCACCAAAGUCCACGGUUGGACUAGUCUUGUGUUUUACAUUGCUUACCAUUGCACUCAUCCUUCACCUCCUAACAGAUACCAACAUCGAAACCCGCAUUCGGUCAAAGGUCGCAUUUCGUCUUGGCAGAAACCAAUCAGCCACGUUCAUUGUCCUACUCAUCGCCUUCUCCAUAGGCGUUGUCGUAUACCGCCGACAAGGUCCCCUGCUCGAACACCCAAUCACUACGCUAAUCGACAUAGCUUCGGUGCAACACGACAAGUGGGCUUCGCAGGCACAUCGGAGUAACUCAUUGGCCGAGGCUGUAGUACAUUACCGCCAACGCUACAAUCGUGACCCACCACCCAAUUUUGAUAAGUGGUACAGUUUUGCCGUCAACCGGAAUUCAAUCGUAAUUGACGACUACGACAACAUCGAGCAGGACUUGGCGCCCUUUUCCUCCUUCAAUCCUGACGACUUGCGCUUGCGCACGGCGACUGUCUUGGCUACCCGUCAAGCCGUGGGUGGGAUCCGCAUAAGAGAUGGAAACGUAGAGGUUUUUGAAAAUGUCGAAGAAGCGUAUCGAGAGACCAUGGACAGCGUGGCUGCCAUGAUCCAGAAGUUUGCCGAGUUUCUUCCAGAUAUGGAUCUGGCUAUAAACCUGCAGGAUGAGAGUCGUGUGGCGGUUCCCUAUGAGCGACUGCAGGACGCGCUGGAUAAUCCCCAGCCUUACCCUGUGUCUGAUGCGACUCGCUCAGCCAAAGGCUUCAGUGCGGACCGCGCAGAUAAAUGGCUACACAUCAACCGCGUUAGGACCGAUCCACACUUUUUCGAAAAUGCUCAAACAAAGCCUGUAUUCGAAACGUAUGGCUCCAUCGCCUGUUCGCCUGACUCACGAGCCCGAAAAGAGCGCCAUUGGAACACGAAAACAUUUUGUCAUACCUGCACGCAAGACCAUUCGGUUGGUGCUUUUGUGUCCAAUUGGACUCUGUCGGCUGAUCCCUGCCACCAGCCUGAUCUUGCCAAUCUCCACGGCAUGCACCUUAGCCCGUCGAACCUGAUGGGCACUCACGACAUUGUCCCCAUAUUCAGUCAAAGCCGUGCUCCUGGGUUUGUCGACAUUCGGUACCCAUCGCCCCGGUAUUAUGCAGACGAGAACAAGUACGGAUUCGACGAAAAGUCACCUGACCCCCACUUUGCAGACAAGUUGGAUGUGCUUUUCUGGCGCGGCACGACUACUGAAGGUGCGACUACGUACGGAACCUGGAAAGGCAUGCUUCGCCAGCGACUUGUACAUCUUUUGAACAAUGAAACCUCGCGACAACCCAUUCUUUUGCCAAAGACUGACCACAGCGGUCAUUUCGAGUACAUGCUCAAACGCACAAACGACAUCAAGCGGCUUCUCGAAACCAAGACUGAUGUACGUCUGGUUGGCCCAAUUGCCCGUUGUGCCGGCUUAGACUGCAUCGAUCAGACGCGUGAGUUUGGAUUCGCGGACCCCAUCGACCUUCAGCAACACUGGCGCUACCGCUAUCUCUUCGACACAGACGGCGCCGCCUUCUCGACCCGCUUCAUUCCCUUUCUCCAAUCAAACUCAGUCGUCUUCAAAGCUGCCCUCUUUCGCGAAUGGUACGAGGGCCGUCUCACCGCCUGGAAGCAUUUUGUCCCCGUCGAUAUUCGUCUGCACGACUUGUUUUCCAGCCUUGCGUACUUUGGUGGUUAUGGCGUCGAGGAACGCAACAAACGCAUGAUGGAAGGGCAUAUCAAGGCUGCCGAGAAGAUUGCACGAGAUGGCAAGGUGUGGACAGAGAAGGUGCUUAGGAAAGAGGACAUGGAGAUUUACAUGUUUCGUCUCUUGCUUGAGUGGGGUAGGCUGACGGAUGAUGCGAGAACUGAGGUGGGGUUUCGAAUGGAUAAGGGGCGGAGAAGUGAAGAGAGGGAAGUGCAAGAAUUGUGAAGUGAAAGUCCAACUGACACUUCUUUGUUAUAAAGGCGUUUCUAUGGGCGGGAUGGAUAAGCAUUGCACGGCGUUUUUUCUUCUUCUCCUUAUCCUUUUGUUUUUUCCAUAUUUUCCAUCUAGACUUUGCAAAAUCCAUACAAUGUCUAUUUUUUUUUUGCUCUCUACCGCAAAAAUAUUUCAUAACACUACUACAAUACCAACAACAAACAAAUAUCCUCAGCACCUCACUCUCCUCUUAUGACUUGGACUAUCCAUCCAACUACCCCCAUACC